GGAGGGGGCGGGGCACACUGCUGUUGCAAAGUGUCGCGCAGGGCUGCGUCUCCGGUUUACGGGUGGUGGCAGGCGGGCAGUUUGAACGGUGGGAAUUGAGGGAGUGAAGGCGGGAGCUUUCAGUCGUGCUCCACUAAGAUGGAUUCAAAGCAGCAUGACUCUGUUGUGCUGCUGCAGGAGCAAGUCCGGAAACUGUCAGAGGAACUUGCUCAGUGUCAGGCUGACAAAGAAUUUGUGUGGUCUUUGUGGAAGCGUCUGCAGGUGGCAAACCCUGACCUCUCGCAGGCUAUCAGCUUGGUUCUGGAAAGGGAAAAACAGAAAACUGAAGCGAAGGACAGAAAGGUUUUAGACAUUCUCCAAGUUAAGGAUGACAAGAUUUUAGAACUUGAGGAGCAGGUUAGAUGCCAACAGAAGGAAAUCAGCAACUUAAUCCAGCGGAAAAUUGCUGUAGAUGACGAUGUUGUAGCCAUGCAGAAGGAAGUGACUGAGUUAAAAGAAAAACUAAAGAAUAAGGAACAGCAUUAUAAGGAUGCUAAGGAACGUGUUCAGAAGAAUGUGGAGAAAAGUAGCCUGUUACUAAAAAAUCUUGAGGAGGAAAAGCAAGAAUUAGGCAUACGCUGUUCUAACCUGCUAAAUGACCUGCAGAAGCAAGCAGCCCAGUGGAAGGAAGAGAAGUCUGACAUUGAUUCCAAAGUAAAGGUAUUGGAGGAUGACUUGCAAGAAGCCAGGAAUCAAGUGGAAAAGAUGAACAAUAGAUGUAAUGACCUGUCAUCUCACCUUGGGGAUCAACAGAAUGAACUAAGACUGAAGGGCUCUGAAGUCACUAAACUUAGGAAGGAGUUACUGGACUUGCAGGGCUUGUACAAAGAAAGCAUUGAGCAUGCAGCCCAACAAGCUGAACUCAUCCAGCAGCUGCAGACAUUCAAUUUGGAAACCCAGAAGAUGCUAAGGAAUCAGGAGGAUGCUCAUGCUUUAGAGAUUAAGACUUACCAAAAGAAUUACAGCGACUUGAACAAUACAUUGAAAACUAGGGAGGCCCAACAUCAGCAAAGGCACUUUUCCAUAACCACUCAAUUACAUCAAAAGGAGCAGCAAAUAAGACAACUCCUGGAAAAACUCCCAGAGGCUUUAGAUUCCAAACAGACUGCAUUGUGUAUGACUACUGCUCAAGGUGUGGAGCAGCAAAACUACCAUGAUUCUACCAGUGAUUUACAAUAUCAAGUUGCUACUCAGAGGGCAGAGGUACAGUCAUUGAAAGAGAAACUUAAAAUAACAAGUGGAAAAUUCACAAAUCAUCAACUGUUGGAGCUAAACUUUGCUUCUGAAGACCGAAAAAAGUGUUGGAAUCAGUCCGUGAAGCGCUCCAGGUCUCUUUCUCCGAAGAACUCUCGGCACAAACCUGAGGAAAUUAUGAGAACAAAUAAAAUGCAACAGAAGAUAGAAAACCUUGAAAAGCUAUUGAAGUUUAAGGAUCAGGAGAAUGAGGAAUUGAGAAGGGCCCAUGACAAGCGUCUGGCGCGUCUACGAGUGUUGCAGAACAACUACAGGUUACUUAAGGGACAAGUAAAGGAACUGGAGGAGGGACAAAUCGACAAAGGCAAGCAGCAGCGUGCAGAUCCUUGGCAGCUGCGGCAGGAAGACAGUGAUGGUGUAUGGAAUGAACUAGCGUACUUCAAACGGGAACACAAAAAGCUAUUGACUGAAAAUACGAACCUUAGUGAGGAGCUGGACUACCUGAGAGUGCAGUCUGCUGUAGACAAAACCACCAUUCAGGAAUUGACUAUGUGCCUGCAGCAAGAGCAUGAAGAGCUGCUCUUUGGACUUGAAAAGACUGGAAUGAAAUGUAGCACACCCGAAACUGCGACAAAAGAAAAGCUGGAACACUCAUUAAAGAAGAUUAGCCAUUUGGAAAGGAAACUUAAAAGUAUUCAGAAAGAAGCCAAAGAUUUGAGAGAAACAAAUGAGGAGUUGAUACAGGCCAAAGCUUCUUUGAAAACUGCCUACAACAAGCUUCAAAGUGAAUCAGAAAAUCAAGCUAUUGAAAUAAGAGAACUAAUGAUGAGAAAUCAACAAAUUAAGGAGGAGAAGAAUGAACUUGAUGCAAUGAUGGAUGAAUUUAAAACAGAAGUUUCCUGCUUAAAAAGGCAAAUUGCAGAAAUGGUACUUCUGAGGAAAAAGAAUGAAUUGUUGCUGCAGAAAAUACAGGAGAUGCAGGAAGCUCUUGCAUCUAAGCCUGCCACCAUGAAUUCUGGAUCAAAAGAGGGAAGCACCACUGGAAGUUGUGCAUGUAAAACAGUAACCUAUAAUCCAAGAGCAAAAAAAAAGAAAAAUAAUUCCAUGAAACAGUACCAGAGACUUCUCAACCGAUCCAUCAAGAAAAUGAGCAAUGUCUUCGAGCACUUCAGUAAAGAUGGGUGGGAGGAUGCAUCUGGAGCCAGUGACUCUGAAGAAACUGCUGCUGAGAGUUUGGGAGAAAUGAUAGUGAAGACUGCUCAGCAAGUGACUCCAACACCAACACGAAAUAUGGCACAGUCAGAAAAUAAGAAAAAUCAAGGAUACCAGUUGUUUGGAAUAACAAAGUCAGAAGCAAAAGUUGUGCCACAAUUUCAUUCUAAAGUAAGGAAGCAGAAAGCCAGAACUUUGGUCCAACCAAGACAAAGUCUUUCCAUCAUUGCUUUACAACAACGUCUAAUAUCAUUACAACAACAGAUUGUUGUUGUGCAGAAUGGAAAAAAGGCAGCCUUAAAUGCUGUCAAUGAACUGAAACAGAACAAUCAAAAGUUAACAUCCCAAUUGAGUUUUGUGAACCAGAAGCUUCAAGUCAAGAAACAGACUAUUCAGAAGCUGACGUUGGACCUUGCAGAGUUGCAACAACAGAAAGAGGCACUGGACAAGAGAUUGAAUCAAAUGGCAGAGCAGCAAGCCCUUCAUCUGAGAUCAGUAGGAGACCACUCAUCCUCAGUGUCCAGCCAGACACUCGACGUUCCAAAUACAAUGCAGAAGUCAACCGAUGCUGAACUGAAACAGCUGCAGAGUAAAAUGAAGAAUUCAGCAAAUGAAAUUUCGAAGCAUUUAACUACCAUAAAAACUCUCAAAGCUGACCAGCAGGAAAAGGAAGAUCGGAUUUGGCAACUGCAAAAAAGGGUUUCUCAUUUGGAACGAGAUAUCAAUAUGAAGCGACAACUUGUGGAAGAUCUGAAAUCAAAACUGAAAUCAAAUGAGGAAAAAGCUAAAAUAGAUAAAGACUUAUUAGAGGAAAUGGAAAUAAAGGUGAAAAAAUUAACUGAAGAAAGUUCUACCAGGAAAGUAUUUGCAGAGUCCCUGAAGCAAAGACUUAAUGUUGCAACAAAAGAAAGGUCAGCAUAUGAGGAGAUGUACCGUAAAACAACCAAAGAAUUGGAUAGAAAGAAUGAAAAACUACAUGAUCUCAAGACCAAAGUGACUGAGGCAGAAUCUGCAAUGGCAACACUGGAGACUACAGCGUCACAGCAGAUGCAUGGACUGGCAAUGCAGAGUGAACAGGCUUUAGAAGCUGUUCAGAAGAAAUUGACUGCUGCCAAUAGAAGAGUGGAAGAAUUUGUAUCAUUUGUUAAGACACUGGCCAGUGAGCUAUGCAAAGAAGUUCAAAGCAGAAGAACCCAUUUGAAACAAGUAAAGAUGAAACAAUUAUGCCAUGAAGGUCUUUCAAAGGAGUCCUUCGGCAAAGCCCAUUCUCUGGCGGCAUCUAUCCUUAAUAUUUCACAAAGUGACCUGGAAGACUUAUUGGAUCUUGAGGACGAGGAGGAAUCAGAAGAAGCUAAAAAAGCUUUACAGAGAGAUCAGAAGUGGCUGACUCAAAUACAGAAGAUACUUGCAGGGCAGUUUCCCUGUGUCCCAGGUUUAUUGGAAGCAUUGUUGGAAAAGAUAGCAGAGAAAGAGAAGCUAAAUGAAGAAUAUGCUUUGCUCCAAAAGGAAAACAGUUAAUAGGUUUCGCCUUUUCAUCAACAAGUGGCAAUGUACUGUAGCAGAAGGGUUACAACAGAAUAUAAUGGUGGUGUAUCAAUAAAAUGAGACUGACUUUGUUAUUGUCUACAGUGUCCGAUCUUGUGAUUAUUGAAAAUAAAAAGAAAGUGGAAUCAUU